CCCUUCCGGUCCCGCCCGUCGCCAGGCCACACCCCUUCGACUUUAUUGCUCCUGGUUUCUCUGGCUCUGAGAAUCUAUGCGCGGGCUGAGCAGAGUCUCUGUCCCGUGUGUCCCCGCGUCGGCUCUGCGCUGGCGAAGUCGGUGUUGGACACCGUGGCUUCGGCCGGGACGGCGCCCUGGGCGACCCUGGAGGCCCCCGCCCGCCUCCUGCUUCAGGCGCUACAGUCGGGGCCUGAGGGCGCGCGGCGCGGGCUAGGGGUUCUGCGCGCCCUCGGCCGCCGCGCGGGGCACUUCCCCUGGGAUGGCUUCCUGGAGGCGCUGGGCCACGUAGAACCCGAGGUGCGGGGCCCCGACGGCCGCCUGGAGCUACUUCCACUGUUGCUCCGGCUGCCUGGGAUGUGCCGGAAGAACCUGAUGUCCCUGCUGCUGGCCCUUCGACCCUCCUUACCUGAAAGUGGUCUCCGUUCCAUUCUUCAGCUUGACCAGCAGGACAAAGCGUCCACUCCUGAUGCCUGGCUGCACGCCCUCAGGGAGCUGCUACGAAGGGCUGUGGAGGACGGAGUCGCUGUGGAGGGAUCCUCGCUACUGACCGGAAGCUGUCAGUCACAGCUCCGGGACCUGUGUGGGCGGCUGGGCCAAGGCGGGAGGGGGCUGAAAUUGGCCCUGGCUCCAGAUCCUAAACAAGAAGACAGACUAUCGCCGCCGCGUUGUGGGAAACGGAGGAAGGAGCCGGAAGAGGCUGCUGGCCCCCAGGCAGAGAGAUCCCCUAAAAGGUUCCGGGGCUGGGAGGAGGUGGUGGACGGAAAGGAACGGGAAGAGAGAGCCAAGCUAGAGUCAUCGGAAUCCACAGCAGAUGCAGGAGGUGCACAGCCCGAUACUGAAGCCGGGGCUCGGGAGACUAGCCCGGGCGUGGAGGAGGCUGAGGGUCCCGCUGACAGGGUGGCGUUGCCCAAAGCUGUCCAGGACCAGGUGCCCAGGCUGCAGCGGCUGCUGAAGGCUUUCCAGGAGGGACUGGAGGGGCUGGAGGAGCCCCUAGUGGACCUGCAGUUUCUUCAUGAAUGUAGUCCCAACGAGAUGGAGUUGCUAUGCAGCGAGCUACAGCUCCCCCAGCUCCCCGACGGAGGCCUCCUGCAGCUCUGCAGCCGCCUGCUGGCUCUCACACCAGCCCUCAGUCUCAGCAACGCCUCUGUGCUGGCCAGGAGCCUCUUUCUUGACCGGAUCCGCUCCCUGCCAUCCUCGGCCUCCAGACUUCUCAGAGUGGCCCUUUUCUCCUUCUGUGUAAAGCACACCUACGCCGUCUGCAGGGCUGUCCUCUGUCCCUUGCUCCAGGACCCACGUGUAGGUCCUGCGCAGACCGAGUUACUGUGUUCCCUUAUAAAGGACGAGUCUCUGGAGCCAGACAUGCAGGUCCAGAUUCUGGGGCAGGUCCUGGAGCUGGCCUGGCAGGAAGAGACGUUCCUGGUGUUGCAGGCGCUCCUGGAGCGUCAGGUGGAGAUGACCCCUGAGGUAUUCGGUGUCUUGGUGCAAAGACUCUGCAAAGAGGGGCCGGCAGCCACCACCUCCAUGGCCUAUGCCAAGCUGAUGCUGACAGUGAUGACCAAGUACCCGACCAGCAUCACAGAGCAGCAGAGCCUGGACCUGGCUGUGGCCCUAGAGCCCAACACCACCUUCCUGAAGAAGUCCCUGCAGGCAGCGCUGAGACAUCUGGCCCGCUGACCACCCGCAAGGCCUCGCUGCCCUGACCGCUCACCUCACCUCAGAACACCUCACCUCAGAACACAGCCUAAGCAGAGCCGUCUCAGCAGUCAGCUGCCUCUCACCCAACAAACACUCCAGGCUGUGUGGGGGCCAUCUUGACUCCACAAAGAGCAGGGAGGAGGCCCUGGCUGCCACUUCUGACAACAUGAGACUACAGGGGCGGUGGAGGAGGAGCGGGAGGUGGGUGGAACACGGGGGAAACCAGGCUUUCUGUGUCAACCUUUUUUUUUUGUUUUUUGUUUUUUUGUUUUUUAGAGACAGGGUUUCUCUGUGUAGCCCUGGCUGUCCUUGAACUCACUCUGUAGACCAGGCAGGCCUCCAACUCAGAAAUCCGCCUGCCUCUGCCUCCCAAGUGCUGGGAUUAAAGGUGUGCGCCACCACUGCCCUGUGCCUUGUGAAACUUCUAUGCUCAGGGAUAUGUUGUGACCCCCUCCGUUUUGUUUGUUUCUGAAUGGAGUAAUUUUGUAACAGUUCUUAAUAAAAAGAAGAAAGUUCA